AUGGGAGACAUAUUCCGUUUGGUUUCCACAAGCACUGGAGACCAUUCUGACUCCGACAUUUUUGUUUGCGGAAACCUAACAGAUAAGACAGAUAUUUUAGCUAAUAGGAUAGCGGCUUCCAUAGCAAGAGAAGUUGCCAAACCUGAAUUUCAAGGCAGUUCAGAGGGGGAGACAUUGCCUGUUUCAACUUCAACAGAAGCUGUUAGGAUUGUUGAGAAAUUCCCUGCUGAUUUUGGCACAAUAGAGAAAGUGCCAAAGCCACCUAUAAACCCACCUAUUCUUGUGGUACCCGCGACAUUUGUGGAAGAAAUAUUAAGUCGAUUCCUUGCAAAAGUCUUAAGAUCAACUGAUGGCACAAGCCCAAAUUCCAGAAGACAUUUAUCACGAUCCAAAGUGAAUGAAAUUGUUGAGGACCUUAAAGAGGCCAUGGAACAAGGCCUGUCCAAACAUAAAAUCGAAAUGGUUACAGUAAUAAUUGAGGAACUCUCUGAUUGCCCUUUUUUACAGGCUGGUGGUGACAAUCCAGCAACACCAAGCCAAAGUGCAAUGAACCCAGGCAGAAUUGCCGACAUGGUCCUUUCCCAAGUGUCUGUUAGCGAAGAGCUUGAGACCUGGAGUUCUGAGGAGACAAUCCCAGUUUCCACUACAAACAUAACCACCUCAAAGACAGAGGAGCUGCCUGUGAAAACAAUCCCUUAUAUUAGAAUCACACAUACACCCAUUGCUCCGGACUUGGUGUCUGAUCAUUUACGAGUUAUUUCCCUAAAAACAGAACCUCCUGAGAAAGUGCAAAAAGCAUCCAUUGCUCAAACUGAGAAGUGUUCUGAAAAUGAAAGUUUAACAUCUGAGGCACAGAGAAAUGAAGACAGUCAUUUUUCUCUGGGUAGCACAGGACAACCAGUUGUAAGACCAGAGGAGAUAAGACUUUCAGUUGCUCAAGGUAUGCAGGUGAAAGACAGAUACUAG